AUGAAAUCCGAGCCAGCAUCGCCGCAAUCUCCUGGCUCCCCUCCUGCAGGGUCCCCUUCGUUCUCUGCCACAUUUGCAGCAGAGUUGACUCAGCCGCCGACCUCCACGUUGACCGGCAACCAGCGCGUGCCACCUUUGGCAACAGAGGCACUGGAGAAAGCGGACUCAGAUCCCUCGUGCGCGGGCUCGGGUGAGCCCACGCGUGAGCCCACGCGUGAGCCCACACGUGAGCUCGCGGCCUCGGGUGAGGUUACACGUGAGCCCACGCGUGAGCGCACAGCUGACCUGCCAUUGGGCCCCGCCCCCUUGGGUGAGCCCACAGGUGAGCCCAAACGUGAGCCCACACGUGAGCCCACACGUGAGGUAACGGGUGACCUGCCACUGGGCCCCGCCCCAACAGCGCACCCUGCCCCACUGGACACUCCGGAGGUCACACCGAGGCCGGUCUUGUCCCGGGACUCCCAGCCAGAGCCACUGGCAUCCCCGGCGUCCCCGACGGCAACCUCCUUCGCCGACAAGGUGCGCACGGCUCAGAAGCCCAGCUCCACCCGCACCUCGAGCCCUGCGAAGGGCCACAAAGCGACCGCGGCGGCCCUGACGGCGUCUUCUGCCUUCGCCGCCUUCGAGAAGCCGCCGGUGGAAGUGCCGCCCAUGCCGCUGGGCGGGGUGGCAGGGGGUGGCAGGGGGUGA